CAUGCGAACAUCCUACCGGACGAGCAUGGGUGCGCGACUGUAGCAAAGGCUUUUCGACCGCAUUAUGCGCGUUUUUAAGAAGUUUUUAACAGGAAAAGCUCAUGAGGUGUUGCCUUAGAUAAAAUACCACUGAUUUAGAGCGAGAAUUAUCAAUGAUGCGUGAUAACGCGGGGUCAUUGCUCGCGUCGACCCCAUCACACCGUAAGCGACCGCGUGUUCAUUUCAUUGCCAAGUUGCUUACAUCAAGUUGAGAGGAUUAUUCGUUUUUUUGGGUUCAUCAUGGCGUCUGUUGAAGAUUUGACGCGUCUAUUAGACGAGGACAAGCCACACGAAAGUGCAAGUACGUGAAAGUUUAUUGGUUCGACAUGGUUGGCGGCGAUUUUCAACUGUCUUAUAUCUCUUAUCGCUUCAAAGAUGUGGAAAUAUCUUGAUACGUGUGUGAAUCAUGACGAUUUAUAUUGCGUUUUCGAUCAGUCCACAGGCAGAUAAAAGUGCUGAAGAAUCAAAUUUCGGAGCUAAGCAAAGCGAACUAUGAAUUGGAGAGGGAAGCUCGAAUGUUUGAUCAACGUAUUGGCUUACUAAUAAACUACAAGAAGGCCACAGAGGUAGGCUAAAUUUUUGUUGAUAAGUUCUACAGACUCACAGACUUGACGUACAGCUGUGCUGCACAUUAAAGCCCACACAUUUAACUCAAACAAUGUCCCUCCGUUCUUUUAGGAAUCAUCCGAUAAUUUUACAGAAUUGGAGAGAAAACAUGGUAAGCUGUUAUUAUAUUAAACCCCAAUAUACUCAUUAAUGUUUUAUUUCGUUUUGUGGGGGAAUCGCGUCUGGACAUCGUAAUUUUUUUGUAAAUCUUAUGAUAAGACGCGUUUCAGCUUUCAGUUCCCGCUGCUUUUCUUUUUCAUUUCUUGAGUUGCGCUAAACGUUGACUUCACGGAUAAAGGAAUUAAACUUUAAGCCUUUCAUUUCGCACAUCCGAAGUCUAUCCGUUUUAUAAUUUGGUGAAGAAUGCAGCACAUUCCCACCCGGCGGGAAACGGAAAUACAUACGACACAAAAUGUCAUGUUUUUUCGGAUGUUCUUCCUUUCUCUCUAUUGUGCGAGUUAACAAUAACCUGUGUACCUUCCAUGAACAAUUCUUUUACUAUUUAUUAUUUAACAAGUGUAAACAUAAAGCGACCUCUCGUGACUCGAGGUUAUAGUUUUGACUUCGAAAAUGAAAGGUUAAUUGAGGCUCUUUUAUAUUUUCCCACAAGACAUUUUAAAAUUGUCUCCUUUUAUCCCUUUACUUUAAUUUUGCCCUUUUCAAAUUUCCAUGCAAAGAUAUUGCUUUCCCUCGUGACAGCUAUAUGUUGUAAAUUGUGUAGAAAACAUCCAGGCCCUGGUUGCUCAAACGUUGCCUUAAGCACAUACUUCACUAUCCAGCCAUCUGUAUCGAAGAAAACCCGCCAAUUGUGUGAACUAUUGGAUAAUGAUAGCCUUAUCUACGUUUUGAAUAGCCUUGUGCAAAGAGAUGUGAGCAGGAGAAAAAAUGAGGGGUGGAGGGGUGGCUGGUGAGAGCCAAGGAAUACCUGUAGUAGCACUUGUUAGGCACCAUUCAGACACUGGUUUUUGGCAUUGUGGUAGGCUGUUUGCACAAUUGCAGAUGCCAUCAUUGCAAAACUUGAAGGAAUUUUUAGUGACCUCCCCCCCUUUUACAUCCAAUAUUUUUCUCCUCCCCCCCAUAAUUCAGAAGAAAAGAAAAUAUGACUACAUGUUCACCCUGACAGUCCUGAAUGCUGGCUGUCAAAACAUUCAUCUUGAUACUUUAAGAGCUGGUUUUUGUGGAAAGGUAGAAAUAACCCAGUCCUGGAAUGUGCUCUGUUAUUUUAAAUUUUGAGAUCUUUAUUAACUUGACCAGGGCUCGUACAGGUCAUGGAAAACCUGGAAAUUCAUGGAAUUUAAGAAUUUCAUUUUCAAGGCCUGGAAAGUCAUGGAAUUUAAUUGUCAGUCCUUGGAAGUUGUGGAAAAUUAAAGUUUUAUUUGGUAGAUCAGUUACUGCAGAUGACAAAGAAUGUAAAAUUAAGAGCAGCAAUAAUAUUAAACAGCAUGAACGGCAAGCAUUUUGGUGGAUAGCAGAGUUUGUUUCUGUUGAACUGUUUAUAGUACUAAAAAAAUAUGCUAAAACAAUUAAAGUUUUGAAAAUUUUCGAAAAUGACAGCUAAACCUAAGUUCAUGGAAAAAGUCAUGGAAAGUCACUGAAUUUGAAGAACUCAAAAGAGUACGAACCCUGUUAACACACAUCUUCCAAAGCUAAGUGUGGAUCAUGCUUUCACCAACAAACAAAUUCAAACAGCAGCCUAAAAUUCAAAGAAUAUAAUCACAAAGAAAUGGACAGAAGCUGUUCACCUAGACUAUGGGCAGUCUCUUAUUUUUAUUUGUAAACUUACUGCAUGCGAAACUCAGGCAUGAGAGCUGCGAUUAACGAGGGCGUAGGCCCAAUAAGAAAUAGAAGAGACUGCUGACUCUUUUGUUCUGUCAAGGUAAUUUAAUUAACCAAUUACACCCAAGUACCGGUAGCUUUAAACGAUUUAUAAAUAGAAAAUAAACUACUGAAAAAUUACAUUUUCUUUAAACUGGUAAGAAUACCUUGAAUUCCUUUCCCUUGAGGAAAUUUACAGCAGUUUUCUUCUGUAAGAUGUCCUUAAAAGUUUUAGUUUACAAGCAAUAACUGCUCGGUUUGUUAUUGUUUGUAGUUAGUUGUGACGCAUGACUAUUUUUAUGGCUUGCAAUCUCACCACAGACCAGUCAACAGCUUUAAAAUUGACCAAUGGUUUACUCCAUUUCUGGGCUGAGAGAGAGUUUGUUUACUACAAAGGAGUCGGCAGUCUGUCUUUUCUUGUCUCGUCCCAAUCCCUUAUUGUAACAUAACAUUGUGGUUUGCAAUCGUGCGGGCUCAGAUAAGAAAAGGAUGGAUUUAAAGAGAAAAGGCGAACUGCAAGCAGUCUACUGUUUACUAGAAUUAUUUUUCAAAAAUAAGAAUGUAUUCAGAAAAACCUUUUAUAUUUGUUUUCUUUAAACGUUAUACUUCCUUAACACUAAUAAUAAAAGAACUGUGAAGUAACACUUGUUCCACUUUCUCUGCUAAACAGCAUGAUCUGUCACCUGUUGCUCGAUUGACAACUUUUAUCAAGACCAAACCCUUAGGCCAGAUUACUAGCCUGACAGAGUGGGCAAAAUGACCUUUUCAAAACUAAUAAUAUUUCAAAGGUGUUCCCUCCCCUCCUUCUUAUUUUUUCCUCUCUUACUUCGCUCCAGGCUCCACUAUCUGAAUGCCUGAAACAGGCCACCUUUUGAUCAUCUUGGGCCUGGUGCAGUAAAUGAUAUCAUUAUCAAAUAAGAAGUAGCUACAGAAAAUCUACAGUAUUUUAUGGUUAAAAAUAUUACUGCAAUCUCUGCCAGUGGUGGAAAUCCACAUAACGAUAUGUUGGGUUAGUUUCUCGCGGCAUGUUCAUCCCUCUUCAUAACUGGGGAGCAUUUGUCAAGCAUUUGUCACUUUUUUCUUGGAAAGCAGCAAAUGCCUUACAAUAGCUGGGGGUGAAAGGAAGGAAGUGUAUCUGGGGUAAGAAGGGAAACCAUAUCUGGGGUGGGAAGAGGGAAUUGUAUUUCUUUAGGUUAAGAAAUAGGAAGUGUGUUUGGCAGAAGAAUGGGGAAGUCUGUGUGGGAGUGUAAGUGAGAUAAGGAAGAAGAAUUAAGUUUUUGGGGUAAAACCUUAUCUGGUCUAAAUGGUUAGGGUCCAUAGUGGAAAGGUGCCUGUUAUCUGGAGUAAGAAGGGGUGUAAAGGAUAAAAAGUGUCCUGGGAUGAGAAGGGGGAAAGUGUGUCUCGGCUUAGAUGAGGGGAGUGUCUCUGGAAUAGAAAGGGGGAAGUGUACCAGGGAUAAGAGGGGGAAUUGUAUCUGAUAUAAUAAGUUAGAAGGGACCUGGUGUGGGAAGCGGGUAGUGUACAUGGGGCAGGAAGGAAAAAGUGUUUCUGGGAUGAGAGGGGGAAGUUUAUCUGGGAUCAAAAGGAAAAACUGUGUCUGUUGUAAGAAGGGGAACGUGUAAAGUAUGGUGGGAGUGCAUAGUUACCCAAGGUAGCCCUUUAGAUCUACUCCAGAGGAACUAGGAACUACCAAAGAGACUGUAAUAUUAACUGUGUGUUUUCCCAUUUCCUCCAUUUUAUAUUCUCUCUUUUAUCCUAAAAAAAUUACCAGUAAUUUAGUCAUACUCUUGCCCUUCUGCAUUUCCCCUGUAAUUGGCAUCUUCUGAAUCUGCUGAAUCUAUAAUUAAUGGAUAGAAUUAAAGGUACAAAUAAAAGUUCAAACUGGAAAUAUAAAAGACCUGUAUAAUCACCAUGCCAUCCAUUUUUAUUAAAUGUUAUUUUUCCUUUUUUUUAUUCUAGAAGUAGCACACAGUGAUGACACUCAGCAAGAGGUAAUAAAACGUGUAAAAGUUAGUUUGACAUCUAUGUUGUUUUUUAAUGCCAGUUUCAGACUUUGUUUUAAUUUUUCUCCAGUCUGUGUAAACUUGCAUGCAUUGCUUGCAGAAAAUGGUAGUUAAUGUUAUUGUCAGAGAAUUUUUCAGCAUCAGACUUUGUUUUUAGAGGACAGGAACAGUUAAAUAAAAUUUCGAUAAAAUAAUUAAUGUGUGCAUUUCCUUUAAACCUGUAGAAAUAUGGAAAUCUCUUUUUUCUUCUUCAAACGGAAGCUUCCUAUCUGGCUCAGCUCACAAGAAUUGUCUCUCUGAAAGAAAUUGAUGGUGAGACCAUUUGUCAUAUUUUCUUGGAUGUGGGAUGUUCAAAGUUUCCUCUAUAAUUUGCAAGCUCUCCAAUUAAUUCCCUAACAUUGGGACUUCACUUGGAAAAACAUACAGGGUUCAUACAGUCUUUAAAAGUCCUUGAAUUUUAGGGGAACUCCUUGAAAAAUCCUUAAAUUGCUGUGCAUGUCCUUGAAAAGUCUUGAAUUUUCUUCACCUGUGAAUCAGACUAAGUAGGCUUACAAUCAUGUACUCAAAUAUGGCCCUGAUCGUGAUAACAAAAGAUUGUUUUUCAAUUCAGCGUUGUUUUCUUUUGCCUUUGUUCUUAUGUUGAAAAAAAUGACAACUUUGUUAAUUUAUUUUUGUUUCUUUUUAGAUCUAUUACAACCGGUAUUGUUUUCACUUUAUGGCAACCAAUGUGAACCAAGGGAGGAACAUCUUCUUCUGACAAUGUUUCAGGUUGGUUAUCGAUCAUAUUAUUAGUACAUACACCGUACAUGUAAUCUCUUUCACUCUAAGUUGCUCUCAGUAAAUUUACCACCAUUAAUACAUGUACUGUCAAAAUUUCCAAUUACUAAGUGAAAUAUAUACAAUAUGAAAUAUAAAGAAACAUGCAGUAGUAACAUAGUAUAAUACUGUCCUUAUAUGGUGAAUGGUCUCUACUCAAUUAUAAUGGAAGAAAUUGUGUGAAGAAAAUAUGAGACAUAGAGGUUAUAGAGUACACUGCCUGGCUCAACAGUAAUCAAGAUUAAUUUUUGGUUUUUCCUAUAUGUAAAAUUUACAAAUUUGGUUCUUUAGUUGGCUUUGAAGUAUGAAGUUUCUGAGUCAGAGAAUUUUAACAGUCUCCUCCGCGCCAACACAGCCAUCACCAGGAUGGUGACAACAUACACAAGGUAUAUGUCAGUCAUUUCUAGUUACUCACUUUUGUCAACUCUCUCUUUUUUCUUACAACAAUAAAUCAUUUUUAAUUCAGUACUUACUUGCAGCCAAUUACACCAUUAAUCUACCACAACAUAAAUGGAAAAUUGGGAGGGGAAGGUAUUGACAACAAAUUAUAAGGAUACUAAAACUUGGGUUUUUGUCAUUUUCUGUUGUUUUUUGUUCUUAUUGGACUCUUAAUGUAGCUACAUACAUGUAUAAUUCUUUGAAGUCCCUAUUCUGAUAUAUUUCAUGAUGUUUUUGCCAUGUUCUGACAUGGCAGAAUGGCUGUGCUUAAUCUGUAAGUGGCCCAAAAAAUUUUUUUGACUGACACAGCUUAAAAACAAAAAAAUUCUUAAAAUGUGAUUUUCCUGUUUUUAAUCAGUCUGUGGAUUGGUAAAGUCGAUUUAAUUUUUCCUGAUUAUCAGCAGAUUCUCAGCACUAGUUGAAAACACUUGGUGCUGGUAGAUAAGUACUCUACAUAUAGAUUUGAAUUCUUUUCUUAUUCUUUUUUCUGUUGAUUUCUUUCAGGAGAGCACCUGGUCAAGAGUAUCUUAAAUCAACCCUUGGAGAACUCAUCAACCAUGUUGUUGAACAGCAUGAUUUAGUGCUUGAAAUUAACCCACUGAAGGUAAAAACAUUGUUGGCUAUCCUGGAUUAUGUGCACCAUAUUGUAGAGGAAGUUGUGACCAAGUGUUUCUCCUUUGCAACAGGUGUAUGCUGAGUUGUAUCACGGUGGCACAUUAAGAAAUUCGGUAUCUGGGCAGCAGUUGACCAUGGAGAAAGUAUGUUGAACACUUCGUUUGUUUUCAAUCCUUAGUGGCAUUGCUUGCUGUCCUAGGAUACCAUAAAAUUCCGAAAAUAAGCCCCGGGGCUUUUAUUUUUCAAAGGACCUUUUUGAGGGGCUUAUUUUAGGAGGGGCUUAUAUUCGGAGGGGCUUAUCUACGGAGGGAAAUUUGCGUUUCAAAAUCCAUUGGGCUAGCUUACAUUUGGAAGGAAAUUUACGGUUUUUGCUUUGUUUUACUUUGUAUUUGAGGGCAAUUUCCAAGUACAAGCCCCCCAGGGGGCUUAUACUCGGAAGAGCGGUAUAACGGAGGGUUUUUUGCAUUACGAGUUUGUUAGGCUCAUACAAGGAGGGGCUUAUUUUUGGAAUUUUACAGUACCCUUUUAUUCUUCUUAAUUUUCAUUUGGCCUGUGUUUAAACCCAUCACCAAUAGAUGGGUGUGAGGAUGGUGGCUGGAUAAACCCUGGAAGCUGAAAGUGAUCAUGGAAGGUAACCAGGAGAAACCAUGGCAGGCAUCAGGCACUGUCAAUCAGAGAACCUUAAUGGUAGAGACUUACAGUUGUGCCAAAAAACAUCCUGACAGAGGGAGUUCUGAAAUGACUCCAUAUGAAAGGAAACUAGUGUGGAAAGAGGGGAGGAGACUUGCACUAUCUGUGCACCAGGUUGAUCAUGACUCUAGGACUCAUUUAAAUUUAUGAUUCUUUCAGCCUAACUUAGCCUAUUCUUUUGUGAUUUUAAAGGCCAUGGAUGACUUUGGUGUUCAAACCAAAAUACGAGAUCAUAUCCUUUUUACAGGUUUUAUCGUUCAUGUAGUUUGUGCUAGGUGUCUUACUCAGAGCAGUGGUGCUGUGUCACUGAGGGAGUGACUCAAAAAUGAAAAUAUAUGUUUUAUCAACGGUGAUGAUAAGGUCAAUUUACAUGAAAAAGGCUAAGACUUAAAACAUCACCAUUUGAUCCUUAAAUUUUACAAUGGUCUGUUAACUUACCGACUCACUUGAUAAAGCCAAGUUUUUGUCUCAUUUCAGUUUUGAACUGAUAUUCUUGUAGACAACUUCACCGUCCUUUCCUUGUUUUUCAUCAUCUUGGGGGGUUUCCACCCCCACUCCCGUCCCAAUAAAAAAUGGCAUCUGAUAGCUGUUAAGUUCACCCUAUUGGUGUUGUCCUUGUGGGAAUAAUGUUCUUACAAAUUAUAUGACUGACAAGAUAAGACAUGAACAGUUUUCUUGAAAGCGUUUUUGUCACAUAACCAUGUCUGAGUUCCUCAAGCUUGCAUUGAUCCUUAACACAGUCCAAGUAUUACAAAGAUCAUGACAAUGACAUCGAAGUUUGUGAAGGCAAUAACAAACUCCUUACUUGAAGUUCCUUAUGGCAUCAGAUGGCUAUGCUGUACUAUUGUCACUUUAGUCAAGGUCAGAAUUAUAAAUUAUUUAAUUAUAGAAAUUUGGGCUGUCAUUUUGAUGGUUUACACAUGGUUUUUUAGCUGGCAACUUCCACAAACUAAAAAUAGAAAAGUUUAAACUAAACUGGAAAAUGCUGACAGAUAAGGUUGGUGUGGAGGUAUGAAUAGUUUACACUGAUGACAGACAGAUAAUUGUUUACCCUCAUUAUUUUUUUGAUUCAAACAUAUUGUCAGUUAUAGUAGUUAUGAUGAUAAAAAACAAAAUAAUUAUUAUUAGGUAUUUAUAAUGGUUUGAGAGCCAUCAAUGUACACUGAACAUUACUCCACACAGUUCGUUUUAUUAUUCAUAGUUUCUGAGAUAAAUUUGUUCACUUUGAACAGUUGCUUGGCAUAGCCAAUCGAUGUGGCUUCAGGUAUGGGCAGAGGGUCAUAACUUGCUGAAAAUUAACUUUUUAUGUUUCUCUGCAGGAGAAAUAUCCCAAUGUGGAUGAUACCCAUAUCAAUUCUCUUAUUGGUGGAUUUUUCCUUUUGAGGUUUUUGAAUCCAGCAAUUGUAACUCCAAAUGGUACUGAACUUCUUAAGACAUGUUUAUUAGACAGUAUAAUAUUAUUUAGUAAAUUAUUAAUAUAGAAAAUCAAAGGUUGCCUAUGGCUACUCAUGGAUUAAUUAUUGUAGCAAUGAAAGCUGAUAAUGAACUUUCAAUUAGUGUACUGUUAUAUUUCAAGUCUGUCAAAAAAUGAAAAUUUGUUUUAAGAAAAACAAAACAAAACAACCCCCCCCCCAAAAAAAAAAAAAACAGUAAGAAAAUGUUUCCUAUGGCGUGAGUCGAACCCCUGACCUUUGAUGUGUAAGGUCAACACGUUAUCUAUUGUGCCCAACAGCUAGUGUUAAACAGAAUUGUUGAAUUCAUUAUGUUGAUUGAACUUCCCGUUAUGAGUGAGUGACAAAUUUGCAUACAGAUUCCCCACAAUACUCAUGGAUAAUCCACAAGCAAAAAGGACAUUUCAGUUGAAGAAUUUUCUUCUUUGCAGUACUGGUAUUGGCUUUUGCUACCUAUGCACUGUAUAUAUUACCUGUAUCAUCAUCUGAAUUUCUAGGCAGUGUUUUUCCCCUAAUAAAGCACUCUCCUCUCUGCAGCUUAUAUGCUUGUAAGUAAAGCACCAAGCCAGUGUGCUCGAAGGAAUUUAACCUUGGUAAGUACGGUAUAAUUAAUGAUUCAUAAUGAUUUGCUGAACAGUAUUGUUCUUUACCUUGUGUUUUGGGUAUUGUUGUCCACAGCAUACUUAGAAGGGUAUUUUCCAAAGUAAAGCUGUGUGCUUUGAAGAAUUUUGAAGGGAGCGGAAUGCUCUUAACCUGUAAAAUCUAGGGUGGCCAGCAUGUAAUUUGUAUAAUGAACUACAAUUUUCUAGUUGCCUUAGAGCAAAAGUCAGGUGGCAGGGGCCGACAGGCACCUCUAGAGUACAGCACUGUGAGAAUUUGUUAGUAAUGUUCCUGUUUGUUGUCAUUCAGUGCUAAUUUAAUGCAGUCAAAUGCAGUUUAACAGAGUUAACAGUAAGGAGCGCUUGUGUCACCCUGCUUGCCAGCGGUGUGUGCGAGAUGACAAAUACCAAGAUCCGUCAUGCUGUGGGACCUGUGUGCAUCUUAGCGUUGUCUAGUGCAUUUAGCGUUCAGCCUUUUUUGUGUGUUCACCAACUUUUAGUGUGCUUCAUUCAGCGUGGGUGUAUCAUAAACAUGGGGACUCAGUUUUCCUCCCCGUCUUUCCUUCCCCCUUUUCCACUGAUGUUCUCAAUGUGACGGGUGCCUGCUUUCUUCCCUGCCACGUGGGGGCUCAUGGCUGGGUCGCCAGGAUUUCCCAGCCAUGGGAGCGAUCUCCAUCUAGGAGCUGGCUGCCAAUAGUGGAAGCUCCUGGGUAUCUUAGGCACCCAACCUCCACUUAGCAAUGUAGUUGUUAACUGCACCUUUUUUGGUUCAUGUAGAUUGCAAAACUGUUGCAAAGCAUGGCUAACAAGCAUGUAGUGAACAGUCAUUUUAAGGAAGAAUACAUGCAUCCAUUGCAGCCAUUUGCAAUGAGACAUGUUCAUGAAAUACAGGUAGGAAUUUUCUCUUGGCUAAGUUAAGUGCUGUUUAAAAACUGUGUUCAAUAAAUUGUGAUAAAUUAUUGAUUACUGAAAUUAUAAUAAUUAUAUACUAAUUAGCUGUGGUCACACUACAGACUUUUUACCUAGGUAGACUCGACUUGUUGACAGUUUACCUAGGGAAAGUUGAUUUUUCAAGUGUGACCGAUUUUUCCCUAGGUAACUUACCUCGGGGAAAUUUUAUCGUCUGCGGCUUGAACAUGUCUCAGGAACAAUAGAGUUUCCCUUGACAGCUACCCCAAAGUGAUAGCUAGGGAAAAAUGAAAUACCGAGGUUGCUAGCCAAUAGCCGCUCAUCGACAAAGGUCUUGAUGACAGAACCGGACAUAGCUCACGCUGUGAAAAACUCUUUUUGGGCACAAGUUGUCUACGUCUUUCCCUGUCUUCACGUUGCACAUUAAAUUAACAUAAGAAACAACACCGAGAUAAAAAGGAAAAACUUCUCUUUGAUCAGCUAGAUCCCUGAGAAUCUUGCGUUCUUGAAUUUACUCGCCAAAAAAUUCAACUGUGCAUGAAAACCUCGGGAGCCGAUAUCAGUAGUGUGACCUUCCCAGAAUUUUUUACCUGGGUAAAACAAAACCCGAGAUGAAUUUACCUUGGGAAAUUUUUGAUGAAUUUGCCCUAGGUAAAUCUGUUUUACCUAGGUAAAAGUCUGUAGUGUGACCACAGCUAUCAUUAGUACUUGAGGAAGUUAGAAUUUACAGUUAAUUCUAAAGCUCAUCAAUGAUUCAUAAAGAAAAACAAAAGAAAUUAAUGUUUAAUGAGUGUCCUUACAUAUAUUUGAUAAAUACAGGGCUAAACAUUACAUCCAAUUUUUUUAGAACAAAAUAACCCCAAAUCUAAAUAUCAGUGCAAGAAUGAGUUGAUCUACAUCAGACGUUUUGAAGCCGUUCAAAAAACUUGCAGUCACGUAUUAUCAGGUUUAGAAACUCUCGGCUUUGGCUCAAGGUUUUAAACCUGAUAAAGCACUCCUGCUCUUUUUUUAAACAGUACUUAUUGUAUCACUGCUUACUUAUUCUAUUUUGUUUUAUUGCAGAACUUUUUAACAAAAUUAAUUAACUUUAAUAAAAUUACAGAUUUCUAUGAAACCUUAGAGGUAAGUGUAUAUUGUUUUGUUGUUAUUCUGAAUUUUGAGGAUGUGUUCCAAUGCUGCUUGUACGUUGUAUUUUGUGGAAAAGCAGCUGAGAUACAAAUACUGUCAUUUACAUAAGAAUUAAGGAAAAGAGUCUCUGACCUUUUUUUGAGUUUUACAGAGUGUAAAAGUUUGUUGGUUACCCCAAACUGAGCAAAGGGAGCUUAAGUGAGGUUGUGAAGCACACACCCAAGUAAGCAACACAGAUGUGUGACAUCAGCUUGUCCUGUCUGAGGAAUUUUGAAUCUAGUUCCUGUCAAAAUGAAAUUUGGGGCGUUGUUAAAAUUGGUGUGUUAUGAGCGAGAAAAAAAGAAAUAAAAUGCAAGCAUGCACCACCAUAAAACCAUGAAGGAUCAUUAAAUGCAAUUUGUCAUUAAUUUACAUGUAUGUAUGUGUUUUUUUUCGUUAGAUUGAGCAAUAUUUAUCACUGUCAAAGAUCAUUAAAAUAAACAUCACCCCUAAUGAAAUGUACAGAAUUCAUGAAUUAAUUCUCAAGUAUAAAGAAGAACUGGUGAGUUGUAUAAUAUAAAGCAUAAUAAUUGGGGACCGUAUGAGUUGUAUCUAAUGAUACAAUAUGUACAGUAUGUAAGCUUGUGCUUAAUGAUAUUCUUAUGUCCUUUUUUACAUUGUAAAGCGCUUAGAACAGUGAUGUAUAAGCGCUAUAUAAAAUCCAUUAUUAUUAUUAUUGUUAUUAUGGUAGAGGGUUUAGAGGUUUUGUAAAGAACCCUAAGUGUUCAUCUCUGAUUUUUAUUUCCCAUGUCUUCCAUUCUCAAACAAAUCUUGCAUAAGGAGGACUGAAAUUUUGCAUUUCAGUUAUUGAGGUGAAUGCUAGUGCAAAAGUUUUUGGGGACAAACAGGUGUAUUAUUUAUAGGAAAUGUUCAAAUGGUGACUGCUGCACAGAGGUUAGCAGUCUCUAGAAGUUCUAGAUGGCCUUAAGAAGUAUAUUUUUGACAUUAUACAGUACUUUUUUUGUUGUGAACACACUCACUAAAUAAUAAUAAUAAUAUAGUUAUAGUUUAAUAAUUAUAGUUUAAUAUUUUAUUGUCCAAAGUGAUAUAAAAUGUUUGUUAUUAUUCAUUCAAAUUAUGCACACGCAUAAUUCACCAUAACCAGUUACUGAUGACCAAAUUUGGAAGAAUUUUGUGUUUAACGAGGAAAUGAUGAUGUUUCACUUGUUUCAAGAGUAAGAACUAGGUGAAUAAAUAGCUAAAAACAUGGCAAGAACAGCAACUCAACGGGUGACAUCUGCCAUUUGGAGAGUAUUUGUGGAGCUAGACAAACCUAAACGUACACCAUCAAAGAUGAACAUAACAUCGAUGAAUAUUAUUGAUGGAGGUAAGCAUGUUUUAGCUAUGUUUUUAAACUAGGAAUUAUUUUGAAUGAAUAAUAAAACAAUUAUUGAAUUCGGCUUUCGUAUCAUAUGAAGAAUUAUGGAGAUGUCAGAGGGUGUUAUCCGCCUCGGCCGAUAACACCCUCCUCGAUCUCCAUAAUUCUUCAUAAGAUACUCAGCCUCAUUCAUUAACUGUUAAUAAAUAAAACUGGGGGUUCUGACUAUGAACUUGCAUACCAAUGCUCUUUACACUCCUUUGGCUCUAGGCCCUCACUGAGGAUGACCCAUUGCACAUAAUUUUAGAUGAAUUAGGACCUCCUGGAAAACAGCUGAGUUACAGCAUGAACAAUACAAUCAAGCUGACACUCACAAACAGAUGGGACCACAGCAAAGGUAAGUUGUGUCCUGAAUUGGGGUAACCUAGGGAAACAGCUGUCUCUCCUCGCCCCUUGCCGCUGGGGACAUUUUGCCGAAAAGACGUGUGUGCCUCAGCAACAGAAAUUCCAUUCUGGUGAUGUUUAAUCUCUCCUGAAUCUGGUCUGGAGCUCUGGUUGGUCUAUUGGUCUCUGAAUGGUCUAUAAUAAUUACAACAGACAGAAGACAAAAUUUCACAAAGGUCAAUUUAUUGUCAUACGUUUCAUACAUGAGCCUCUGGUGUGGAUGAUUAAGGCAAACCCAUCCCACAUAUUGACAUAAAUAAAUUGAGUGAUUGAUUGAUUGAUUGAUGUAAACAUGACGGAUCUACCACAAAACAGUGACCAGUAUUUGUGGAAUAUAUUCUUCUUAAGAAGAAUCAUUUGAUUUUUUUUUUUGCAGAAGAACACAAAACUUUACCAUUAUUGACCAGAAGAAACAUAAAAUCAAACAAAUUUACAUUGACACCCUGUUAAUUAUGUAAACAUUGAUUUAAGUCAUCAGUAUGGAAUUUCUUUCUCUGAGGUGCAGACAUCUUCCCUGCAAACUGUCCGGUACUCCCCAGUGGUGACGAGUGAGAAAAGAAAACUGUAUUUGCAGGCUAAAUAGUUGGGGGGGGGGGGGGGAUUACAGAGUCAGUGGAGCAACUUGAAACAAGAUGUUCAUUGAUGAGAACUUGUUAUUGUUAUAGUACUAAGAAGUGACUCUGUGGAAGUAUUAACGUUCAAGACACCUCCAGUACAACAGAGAUGCAUAAAAGAACAAUUGAGAGCUCUGUUUAUUAAACUUUUAUCUUUGGUAAGUUUUAUGAUUUUUUAAAAUGCAUUUAAAUGCAAUUAAAAGGAGUUAACAACCAAGAGAGACUUCAGCGAUAGAGGUCAGCGGUCGUUCAGCAUGCGCAUGCCCAGUUGUUUGCUACAUCCUUCACAUGAUUCAGUGGCAGGGAGAUUUUCCUUCAUGCUGCAUUGUUCAUGCCCCAAGGUUUCUUGCAGCCAUUUUCUUUCCCCCCUCCUCUGAGUCUCGCUAUGGUUCUUUCUCCACUGAUAUUUUUCAGUGUGAUGGGUGCCUGUUUUUGUGUUCUUUUUGUGUGGGGCUCAUGGCUACAAUCCCGAUCAUGACUUGUUGAAACACUUCCAGAAAACACAACGUAAACUUAGUCAUUUCAUGAAUACGUGUAUUCUGUCCCUCCUGUUCCCGCAAUAUUGGUUUCAGGCGUUUGCUUAGGCACAAACGUCUUCGCAAUCAACAUUGAAAGGGACGGGAAGAAAAAGUUCGCAAGUGUUUCGAAAAUUAUGACGGGGAAUGAAGGUUGUGCCAUUGUGCCACCCUUGGGGGCAUUAUUCCAUCUAAAGGCUGGCUGCCAAAAAUGGAAGCAGGCAUACUUCAGGCACCCAACCUCCAUUAAGCAUCAGUGGAAACCUUUGGACCUCUGGUGUCUUAACGGUAUUUAGUCUUGUACCCUGAAGAAAGCAGCAUUGCCGAAACAUCCAUUGGUUAAGACUCUUAAAAUAACAGUGAUGAUUUUGCAAUUUUCAAAGUAACAUUACCUCUAGUGUCUGCUUGGUAUAGCUUCAUUUUUACAGGUUUCACCGCAAAAUAAUUUUGGAAUGGUCUAAAAUAAGUAAGAAACCCUUGCACUGUAUGAAGUUCAGUGAUGAGAGAAAAAACCUGUUACAUUGAUUUUUGAUUUUGUAUUUUUAUUGAUAGGAUGCCAAAUUGAUGGAAGAGAGCACCCUUCUUGAUGUUGUAACAAGAGCACAUUUUGUACCUGCUAAACAAACAGGCAGUGAAGAAAAGCUUGGGAAACAUGCACAAGAACACAGAAGAAAAAUCAAGGAGCAGAAGUCCAAAAUUGCUGAUUUUAUUUUUCAGAAGUACAAGGCACACCCUGAAUUAAAAGGCAUGCUUUCCAAAGAGCCCGUUUUUUACCAAGAAAUUAAGCAGGUAUGGUUGUAUUGCGUGCUUUUGCCUUUGUUGAAUGUGUGAAUUGACAUGACAAUAGCCUGUUCCAGGCUCCCAGAUAGUAGCUGAUGAGGUGAUACUUGGUAAAGAAAUAUCAAAAAGUCAGUGAUUUCGUUACAAAUACUAUACACCUAUCUUCCAAAGGGGAGGUGAAUGGUGGUGGAUAUACAGAGACGCGAAGCGUCGAGGCAUAUAUCUAGCUCUGUUCACCAAGAGGGGGAUAGUUCUUUUAGUAUUUUUCCAAAUCAGUUGGAUAGAAAUGAAAAAAGCAACUUUUUGUAAAUUAAAAACCUCACUUAGGAGGAACUUUAUUUACAAUUUACAAACAUUUCGGUGAUUUUGUCAAUUGCAUUUUUACUAUUUUGUUGCAAAUUCAGCAUGAAAAUAAUUUUCUACCUACCAGUAAACACCAACAAGCGAAAGAUAGUCACUUUCUUGGUCUUUGUUCGUAUGACUGCUUCAUUUAUUGCUCAAAUUUCAUCUUCUGAAAAUGCCUUGAAGUGAGAUGCUAUCUUGGCUCUGGUCGCAAAACAGUGAAUAGCCAAGGAUGUUCUGAGUCACGGGAGCCAAUCAAAACACACAGAAAGUGCUAUUCACUGAUUUGGUAAAUACUAAUUUUGGUGAUUCAUGGGACUCAUCUUGUGAAACAUCGUGAGUCCCAGUCCAGAACCAACGAGUGCCAGUUAAAAAAUAAAUGCUUGCGCUUUUAAGUAACCAUACAGUUAAUCUGAAGAUAGACAUUACAGGACAUAUUACAGUAUACUGAGUAUUAAAAUAUUGUCCUGUUUUAAAGUGCAACAAUGGCUUAAAGAAAUAUGCAUCAUUAAACAACAGCCGUAAUAACUGCCCAAGAAAUUACUUGAACGGGCCGGAUAUUUUUACAAAUACAUAUGUUCAGAUCGAUCGAUCAUUCUUUGCAUCCUAUGGGACACAUGCCAUGAAUUAUUUUACGUCUUUAGGGGUUUUUAUGUGUCAGGGACGCAGGACCCAGAGGCAACAAAAUCACUGAAAAAUGUCAAAUGUUAUACUCGGGUAUAUGACCCUUCUUCAGUGUGAGAAAAACCGUUGAUGGUAGUGCAGUCAGUCAAUCGGUAAAAAGUAAUGCGAAAAAUGUGUAGAUAUUUUUUCCUGGCAUCGCCCCCUUUCCCAGACUGUACGCUUCUUAUUUCCGCUUUUGUUGUUUUCUUUUUUCAAUGUCCGUAGUAUUUGAGAGCCUGACGCAGGCUAACAUGACAGCAAAGUGAUGCAUAAUGGGAUGGAAAGUAGAUAACACUUCCUCCUCUCCUGUGCUUCACUCUCAGUGUGCAUCAUCGCAUUUUUGCCCGUUGACUCUCCAGGAAAUAGAUAGCCUCUAGUAAUUCACUUAGCUAAUUCAUACCAUUUGAAGGUUACACUCAUUUUGGUAGUUUAAAGUAAAAUUAAGAGGUCAUCACUAGAUUGGUAAGUGCUUCGUUCCCAGAAUGUUUGAAAAUGAUUAAUCAGAGAUGUACGAAAUGUUUGCUGGCUAUGUAUGCAUAAACCCAAAAGGAUGUUUCUUUUACCAAAAAACUAAUUAACUAAUCGUUCAAAUAAUUUGACCAAAAAUUGACAUUUCUUGUUGAAAAUGGGUAAAUGUGGUUUAUGUUAUGCAGUUGUAGAUGAUAGAAAUAGGUGGCUUUUUAUCAACGGUGUGCCUUAACCCUAAGAGUGAUAAGCAUCAAAGUUCUCCCUGCCUUGCAAAACAAAGGGGUAACAAGAAUUAGGAACAUGAUCACACAAGAUGAUUUUGGUUGACAUUAAAACAACUUCUCCCUAUCAUCUCUAGAGGCAAGGCAUAGGGACAACAAAUGAGAAUUUGAAUUUCGAUAUUAUGGUUUAAAGGGAUAAUUUCUUAUCUGGCCAAAACUCAGGAGACUGUUUGUAUCUUUAAUUCUCUCUUUUUUCAGGAAGUUCAGGUCAAACUCAUGCGUAAUCUCCAACUUGCACCAAAAGUUAAAAGUCUUCAGAAUGUCUUGCAGGUAAUUAGUUUGUCAAUAGUUACCUUGGACCAUAGCUAAGUGACUCUGUAACGAAAUGUAUUCGAAUUGCAGUAUGUGUUUUGCCUGCAGCUCUAAAUCAGGUAAGUUCCUUAGCUCUUUUAUGGGUCUAGCCUGUGAAUACAACCAACUCUCCACGCUCUUUGCUGCUAGGGACAUCUCCAGCGAGGAGCAAGGAGAGAUGGAUGUACUCGCAGGCUGUAUUAUCCGCUUUGCAAGAAAAAUCUUGGAGAACCUGGAAACUAUCCAGAAUCACAUACUUAUGGCUGAAAUUGCUAUAGGUAAAGUUUACAAGACAUUCUGUCCACCCCAAGUAGCUGUUCCUGAGUCUGAGAAUGUGUGACUUUCAUGAGACUUACUCACUUUGUAUUUUUUAGUACACUUUCCCAGGGGUUUCACUAAGGACUGGGGGCAGGGUGUUUCCCCAGCUACUAUAAACAUCACCCCCACCUACUUUUCCUAGCUAUUCGCGGCAGUUGGAAGUAAGAGCCCUGUUUUCAAUAGGAAACAGGUGCUGAGUUAUCAUUUCUUUAAAAACUUCAUUGUAUAAAAGAAACAAGUUUAUUUACCCUUACAAAUUAUUAAUCACGUGUAAUAGACCUUUUUACCGAUACUGCGGCCAUAUUGAAUUAAUUCGAUUUAAGGAGUAUUAUAGGAUGCCCAGGAGGCAUGAGCACAUUUCAUUUGUAUUUUCUGGCGCUUUUUGGGACAUUUUUUCUUAAAGUUUUCUUAGAAUAAGAUUGGGAAAAAAGAUCCUUGUGCCGUGUUUGGAUGUAAUAAUGAUCGUCUUUUUCUAGUUUAGUAUUAGAAAUAUGGUCUUUCACUGUAUAUUUCUCGGGAAAAAGGCGAUCAUUAUUACAUCCAAACACGGCACAAGGAUCUUUUUUCCCAUUACAAUCUUUUUCUAAGAAAACUUUACGAAAAAAUGUCCCAAAAAGCGCUCGAAAAUACAAACGAAAUGUGCUCAUGUCCCCUGGGCAUCCUGCAAUACUCCUUAAAUUGAAUUAAUUCAAUAUGGCCACCGUAUCGGUAAAAAGGUCAAUUGAGUAAGGUCAGAUCGGCUGGUGAUGUCUGCCUUAAAGGAUGGAAGGACCUCACUUCACUCUAGGUUGUUUAUUGGUUAGUUGGUUAGUGCAUAUUUUUGUAUGUUGCUAUAUAUGUGCGUUAUUUUAAUUUUUAGACUUUGUACAAGCAAGAGGAUUAUUUAAAAGAUCAAGUGUCCAUCUACAGAGGUAUUGCUAAGCUCUGUUGUAGUACCAUUUAGUGCAUUGGUAUCAGCUAUGCCGUAGUUAAUAGAUGGGAAUGGUUACGAAACUCGUUAUAUGUUAUAUGUUUCUGUGGACCUGAUGGUACACAACGUUCAGUUGUAUUCCCGUCAUUUUGAUCUUACUGACCAAUAAAAAUGUCGCAAUUUGCCAACAAAAAACAAAGGAUUGUGUACCUUCAGGGAGCUUCCAACAUAAACUGUAGCACUGUUGUUUUUGUAUUUGAUGUUUGUUUUCUUUCAUAACCAGUCUCCUCUAAUAACUAUGGCUAUGCCAAACAAACAAAGAAACAAAGAAAACAUGUUUUCAUCAGAAUAGAUUGGCAAUUGUUGAAGGUCAUUGUACAUGGCAUGUACUAGAGAACAGCCUUAUUGAUGCCUGGUGGGACAUAAGGAUUUUUGGGCUGCCCGUUGGCUAACACAAAAGCAACUUUUGAACAACCUUACUGGUUCAUCAUUAGCGAAGCAUGCUCUGGCUACAGAACUUUGUUUUCGAAAAAUCCUAGGAUGAAAUAGUUCGCGUCUGUGGUUGCCACAUCUUCUCUGCUCGAUUUUUGUAUGAUUUAGUAAUAAAACUCCCUGGUACCAAGGGUUUGUAAGGUAUUAAAGGGGUCUCACUCAACCAGACCCUUCUACACUUAGAGUGCCUCAUGGAGUCUUGCAAGGUGGUUCUAAUUUUUGACUCUGUGGACGAAAUCCUGCGGCGUGAACAUCUAAAUGAAAACCUCUUUGGUAGUUCUUUCACAUGGUACUAUUUCUUUUUCAUCAUUUUAAAAAUUUUGACUUUGGCUUCUCAAUCUGGGAGUGAAAAAGUUAAAACUCACAGCUAGAACUAGUUUCUAGGGUAUUGCCAGUUUCUUAGUGUUACAGUGGUGCGAUUACUGUAUGACCGAUAGAGCGCUUUUCAAUUGAGUGUCGAAAACCAAAACCAAAGUAAUCACAACGGCCAAUCAGAGUAAAGGAAAUUAUCAGAGGGAGCCAAUGGCAACUCGAAGUAAACGCGUGUAACCGGCCUGUAGCGCGGGAAAACGCGAGUGACCAAGGAGCGAUUGGUUUUAGUUUACAUCUGAUUGGCUGAGAAGGUGGCGCGAGUUUUCUAGACCAAUCAAACAGCACAGUAAAGCAAAACCAAUUCAAUCCUGGAUUACUUUCAACACGAUUUCAACACUCAAUUGAAAAUUGCUCUAAACAAGAGAUAAAGGCAUUGAACAAUACACAAACGUCAAACAAAAUAGUUUCUACAACACCAAGAAACACAAGAAUUGCAGGUUAAGAGAGUUUGGAGUUAUUUCUGUUUCUUUUUUGUCACAGAAUAUUUAAAUGCAGUGAGAACAAAAGCAGUAACAGCUUCAUCAAAGGUAACUACAAUAUUUUAUUCAGUCGCUAAAGGCUCUUUUCAGGUCGUCUACUUAGUAAGAGUUUUGUCCAUUUUGCGGGGCAUAUCUACAAUUCGACUUGUUCAAACGUUUUGAUAGUGUUAAUGGCAAUGAGGUAAUUAAUUCCUAAAUUAUUAUUAUUGGUGGAAAUGAAGUUUAAGGAAAGAAAACGGAGAAAGCAGGAAGAAAAAGCAAGUCACUGUUGUGGCCAAUAUGUAGCUUGGAUUUUUCCAUUACAAACAUUCAGCAGGCAAGUUCAAGUCAAAGUGAAAAAUGGCCUCGAAAAUUGCUUUUUAAACAACCUUGUUACUUAUCAUUUCAGGUUAUGCUUAGGGAGACACACCUCAAGGCUUGCCUCCUUGUUUACUGUUUUUUUCGUUCCUUUUUAUAUAGUUGUUUUGUAUUUUUACAGAGAAUUGUCAAAGAUCCUUCUGUAUCUGAGAGAAACCCGUCUUUGCCUGUAGAAUUAAGUUUGUGUCAACUUGAAAAGGAAGGCGUCAUAUCGCAUGUUCAUAGUCAAAGAUCACUUGAAAAAAGGUGGGUUUAAAAGCAAGGUUUAUUUCACAAAUUCUGUUUAUUCCAUGUUGGUAAACAAAACGUGUGGUGAUAGAAAUCCAAAAUAGCUUAACAUGAACUUUUGGAAUCAUCCCUUCCUGAAGUGAUAAAAUGUCAGGUUUCUCAGGUAACCAACAUUGGAUUCACCAGUCAGUGUCUUUGCUGCAGGGUUUUUAUAUUAUCCCCUCUUGCAAGAAAAAUGACAGAAACUUUUUCGUUAGGCCACGCCCCUGAUAUUUAUUUGUUGUGGUUCAAUUUUAUCCUUGGUUUAAAUUUUCUUUCUCUUUGUUUUGGGGUAUGGUAAUGUGUGAUAAUGAGUUUAAAACAAAGGGAAAGAAACUUUAAACCAAGGAUAAAAUUGAACCACAACAUUACACGGUCAAGUCUCUCUUAGACGGGCACCACUGGGACCGGUACUCAAUCUUUGAGUGAUGAUCUUCUUACAGAGUCAAAUAAGAGAGUAAAAAAAGGCAGGGACCAACCCUAGGUGGUGUCCGGUGAGAGAGAGAACCGUCUGUAUUUCAGUACAAGAUACUUUUAACUUUGGAGACUCCGGGGAGAGACUUAGAUAUUUUAUUUCCCUUCACAGAAAAUCUGAUAUCACAGUAACGAUCGCGUGCUCACAACCUGGAGUUUACCAAGUGCUCCUUCAAAACCGAGGUAAAUCAUACUUUCAUAGGAUCAAGAGUCUCUGUGCUUCACCGUUUACCACAGAGAACAUUUGUGUUAAGAAGGUUUUAGCCUUGUUUGCACGCUACUUCCAUGUAUGGUGGCACAGAAGCGAACUGAGGGGCCUCCUGUUGUCAGGCUACGUUUAUCGCUCGUCACUGGACAUAAUUUAUAUUACGAUGUUAUAUUUCCUUAAAUUUAUUUUGUUGCCUUCCAUCAGUGUAUCAACACUGGUGUUCGAAUAUUAGGUUAGGAGCGAUGUACAUGUGUUAGCCGUUUUAACGAACGCUGGUUACAUUGAUCGCAUCAGGCCGCCAUCUUGAAAGCAAAUAAAAAACUAAGGGAGGAGGGCAGGCAAGGAGGAGUGGGUAAGGAGUGUGGGGAUGACAGAGAACAAGGAGAAAGUCACGCGUUAAGGGAGGAGAAAGGGGAAAUUGUUCUCGUCCCUUCCCCUUCUCUAUUUUAGACACGUCGUCCUCUCCCCAAGAGUUUUUUUGGACUCGCCCCAACUCUCUGUCAGUUUCUACAUCAAAUAUGGCGGGAGAGCAUUUGUGUCAUUGCUCGCACUGCAAAGUACACCUUGUUUGCCGGCUAUGCAUAUGUCUUGUAAUAAUUGAGGAAAGGGGGAAGGGGCGGUGGGGGAAGCCUGCGGGCAAGCUCUCCAAUUAUGGCGAGCAAAGCGAGCCGCAGGCAUUCCCGUCUCUUUUCGCGAGUGGUUCUCGUGUGACUUCGCGUGACUUCCUUAAAUAAAGAGCUUGCUGGCAGGCUAGAACAUGCACGGUGCGAUACGCCGGGUUGAGAUUGGUGGCUGAUUACAGAGGGACUAAAGAAAAUGUACUGGACGUAAAGAAAAUUAUUUUUUCUCUUUGUCGCUUUAGGUAACCCCAGAACAGAUCGCGAAGUUCACAUAAAUUUGGAAGAAUUAUUGGAGCUUCAACACCAACGAGACCCGGUCAGUUAUUUGCGUCAAUUUAAAACCGAUGUCAUUAAAAUCCUUGAUAGUUUAUUAGUGAGGACACAGUGUUAUAGUUUCUAUUGUUAUAAUCAGUUUGACCUAAAGCGCUGCUUUCUUGAUCACCUUUAAGUGGGAGAUGAAUUUCGGAAAAAAAGUAUAAUAGUCCAGGAAAGUGAAUUUAUGAGAGACGAUGAUCGACAAGCCGAAGAUCACCUUUAGCUUUGCGUAGCAUCCUGCUGCACGAAGACGGCCAUGUGGGCGGUCAAUACCUGUUUCUUUGCUGAUAAGUUCUUUUAUUCUUAUGACCGUUAUGUUGGAUUAAGCAGUGGUAUCGUGUGGAGAACUUACAUUGUGGUCAGUCUUUAAGUUAAAAACCCUUUAAAUGCUCUAUCAUGUACGCGCCGCUCUUUGUAAAGCGAUGCGAUGUCUCAAAGCGAUCUUUCUUAGCAGGCAUUUAACUUUUCACAUAGGGAGUAGGGCAGCGAAAGAACAGAAAUGAAAAUCACUUUGAACGUAGUAACAGUUGUUGAAAAGGUGGUGACAUAGAUUGCGAACGGCCGUCCUUCUUCCUUUAGAGCUAAGCGCGGUGAGCGAAAAAAAAAAUAAAAUAAAAACUCGCCCUCGCGCGUGCUCUCGAUUUAGUUUGACUCAAAAGAAAAACAAGAAACUGUUCGCCAUCUAACUGUGACAGUGCAUUGAACAACUUCUAGUUCUGUUCGUAAAAGAACGCUGAAUGAUGUACAUCUGAUACACAAUGUAGAGCCUCAAAAGUGUCAAGAUCUGAAAAAAGAAAAAAACGCGUGGUUAGAGAAAGCAAAGCACAAGCAUGCGCAAAAGUUGAAGUAUCGCAUGAAUUUUAACCAUUUUCGCGAGGCUGUCCGCCCUAGCGGACAGUAAUUCAGUUUUUAAUGUGCUAUUGCGAUAUGUUUUUCUUCUUGUUAAAUUAUAGUUUUUGUUUUGUUGUUCCUUCCUUCUUUGUUCGUGCGCAAGCAUUUUAAACGAUUGCUUAAUAAGUUUAUGAAAAUAUUUUACAGCCGACUUCAUAGCGCACAAAGGGUCUGUGAAUUUAGAUACACAACUACCCCUCUUGAAAAUUUUCAGACUGUAAAGGUCAAUCUCUUUGUGCCUUUUAGACAAUAGCGCCUUUUCACUGGAACUAUAAACUCUUUUAUAUAGCUUGAGUAAAUUAUGUGCUCUUGGAAUGUGAUGUGCAUUGAUGAAUUUUGGCUCAUUUUAAUGGUAAUGAAUUCCGGGUUCGGCUGUCAAUUUCUAUUAUUCUUUCUCGUUUGUGUGACUUAGCACGCGCCUACAUGUGCAGUGACAACCUACUCAAUAAUUAUAGUUUGUGAUUAAUAUUCCUGCCAGCCGUGUGAUAUUUGUUCGUCAGUAAAAUUUGGUGCCAAACGUGGUACAGGAAUCUGUCGAAAGGUACUGAUGUUGCUCAUGCGUCUAAAAAAUAUGCUGCUUAGUAGUAAAGCCUGCGUCAUUCCAUAGUUUAAGAAUCUUGUAACACUCGACGUCACCACAAUUAUCCAUAAAUAUUGAUCUUCAUUUUUUAUGAUGUGGACGACGUUGUAUUUUGGUUGAGGUUAUCUGACCGUCUUGAAUCAAACACUGACAUCGGAGCAUGUCAAUGAUACGAAAAUCAAAUCGAGUUCGUUCUUCAGGUAGCGUCUUGUAAUUAUUGUGGGUUUUUGAAAAAGUUUGUUAACUUCUGUGGCUACAAGUUUGUGAUUUCUGUAAUAUUGGUCUCUAAAUUUCAAGUGGAACCAUCAAAGUAAGGACUUUAGCACGUGCAGUAAAUAACCGCAGAUAUUGGCGGUGGUAUUUAUCAAAUCAUGAAUGCGUGCAGUGAACUUUCAUUAACCGUUUUUUAAGCAAUAGGGACCUUAGAAAACAAUAAUGUUUGUCAGGAAAUUUGUGAAAUGAGUGACCUUUUCAAAGUAAUUGUUUUGCAAAUCAACGGCGAACGUUUUAUUAAGUACGAUGAUAUAUUAUGUGAGAGAAUUUAGUAGGCGUUUUUGGGCAAUACGAAACACCCUUUUUCAAAAUGUUUGGGAAAAUUCUAGAUUGCACAAUGUUUCCAGAGUAGCUGACUUAUUUUUAGCAAUAGUUAAGGACAUAUUGAAGAAUAAGUGUAGAUGAAUUUUUAACCACAUUUCGUAAAUCCUGGCGUAAACAUUCAGUUUUUUGCGUUUUAAAGAAACAAUAAUAUUUUGCUAAAAGCUUGCUUAAAAAUUUUGAUUAUCGGGUCUCGUUUUUGGAAAUCGUUUUUUUACGGCCGUGCGAUUCGUUUGUUAGUGCAUGUUACCAAGCGCUUUGGCCAGUGUUGCGACAGUGUGUUUGAAUGAGAGGUGUGGUAUUGUUGCGUGAUUAUCUUAGUGAUCAAGCGGUUUAUCUUACAAUCGCUAAAUCGGUUAACCACUACAAAACCUUGCCGAAAUGGAAAGAAACACGUGUUAGUGAUAAAAUCAAGGAGGAUGUUUAUCCGCGAGCUUGUUAUUCUCAAACAUCUAUCAGUAAACAAGGUCUUUCCGUGGUGCGCCGUUGAUGCUGAUCCUUCUAAACUGCAACGAAAUUUAGUUCUGUUACGCGAGAAAUAAAGGAGAAGGCAUUUAUGUUUUUACUCUUAAUGAGAAUUAUUGCGCCUUCUCUGGGGUUUUGUAAUUCAAAAUAAAGCUCUGUAACUUCAACUUAAACUACGUUUCACUUUUGAGAACCUAAACUCAGUUGGAAGACGAGUAGUUUUGGUGUUUGAGUGAAAAAAGAAUGAAUGUUUCAAUUAGAGCGGUACAUCUUUAGUACCCACAUGACGUAAAUGGACGUUUCAUGAAACAGAUUUCCCUUUCGGUAUAGUGUUUUGACUUAAGUUAGUGAACCUGCGUCUGGUAAAGCUUUUGGUUUUCAAGGUUUUUUUUACAAACCGUUACUCAGCCACAGUCCAGACGUUUCCCUUUUGAACCAGACAUGUGAAGAAUUAUAUUUUGAUAUAUAUAUUUUUAGAAUGCUUUUGUAAUUAGUGACAAUAAAUUGGCACAUUCUAGAAUUAUUAACUGUCAUUUCCGUGGUUUUCUUAUGCGUCAGCAAUUUCUAAUUUGAAAGUGACUUCACGUAGAUAUUUCUUUACCGUUUCUGCAAUUAUCUUUAGUAUCGAGCAAGCAGGAGGUCUGGACCGAUACAUCCUUGACGCAGGACAUAUAAUUUUAGGGAGUUCCCUAUAGACUGGCCGGACCGUUACAAGUUCCGCCACUUAUCCAGUAAAAGACCGUCUUAUUGUUUGUUUGGUUUAUAGAGGAAACAUCUUUCUAAAUGUAGACUUGCUAAUUGCGCUUUUGUUUAUGACUGUUCUGUCUGAUACUGUGAUCUAAAGAACCGCACAGCUCAGAAUACCUCAGACGCGUGGGGAAAUGACGUUCCCGUUUUGGUGUGUAAUCGUCGCGUGUAGGGUUAGAUGUAAAAUAACGAGAUCACACAAUGAUAUCUCGCACUAUUUUAAAUGUCUUUUUGCGCCCGCAUCCUUAAGAAUGACGUGAACGCUGUAAGGGAAGUUCAUUUUUUUGCAUGCCAUCUUUAUCACGAACGUAACUCUUUGCACCACUGCAGGUGUCGCGUAUGAGUAGUAAAACGAAAUGAAAAUAGUGUAACGUGCUUUUCGGCAUUUCCACUGUUACGUUUUUACGUAGUUUACCCUCCGUCUUUUGUACGUAAUUCAGUCAUUAACAAUAGUGCAAACUGUUAUUUAGUGUAUAAGCACUUCCCCCCUUCUCUCGGCCUCCUCGUUUGCUUUUAUUGUGUUAAUUUAAAGGAGACAGACGGCAAAUAUUUAUUGCUCGAAAUAUCUAAAGUCGUAUCUUUUGAGUCAUGAUUUGACGAUGUCUAAAAUGUGUGCAAUUCCACAAUUGGUUUCGGCUCCAUUAAAGGUGCCAUGUCACGAGGAUAUUGCUGUUUCAGGUCAAUUCUGUACUAAAGUCAUUACUUGGUGCCUUUACUCAUCCACAAAAUGCUCCUGUAAAGUUCUGAAGGAGACGUCAAACAAAUUUCACCAGGGAACAGUUACCUUAAUACUUUUUGGUGACUUUUGCAGCGUAGCAUUAAAACUUGAAAAAGUUGGCCCAAUUUUUUCACCUUUAUCCAUGUCCAUCCUCACCCGAUCCGUAGCAACAGAGGACAGGAAACAGUUUCAAUUUUUAUAUAUAAUCUUAAAUAACAAAACUACACCAUUAUUUUUGUAGUUCAAUUGAUGGCAAGACACAUUGUAGCUUUUUAAAAAGAUGGCAAAUAAUGUGACAUGGCUCUUUUAAAUCCUAUGAAUGAAAUAUUCAUAACAUACUUAAAGCAAGUGUUGUAAAAUUGUGGUAUUAGUUGGAUAAGAGGGCGGAAAAGUGAGAUGGUUUUCCUUUGGUACUGUUCUUCUAUGUACUUUGUCGGGGGUAACGUAGAACGCUGAUAAAGCUCUUGCUUUCGCGGUCAAUGCAAGGUAGAUCCUACCCUGGCCUCUGUGGAUAAAGUCCAAGUUGUAUCAAUGAGAUAUCCUUAGUGAUUCUCUUUAAACGCAACUAAACCUCUUUUGUGCUCAUUUCAAAUGUUUAGCCGGUCAAUGGGAUUUUAUGCACUAGAAACGUCGAACUUUGUUUUACUGAAUAAUGAGGAAGAAUUUUUGGUUUUAAAUUAAAUCAAGAUAUCGAAAACUUGUCGGCCUGCCUUCUAAGAAAUUCAAGCCCUCGCCAAAGUUUUUAUGAUUGAGAGAUUGUUUGUUUUAAAUCAAGGUAUUAUUUUGUCAUUCAUGCACUUAACAUUUUCUUUUAAUCUGAGUGACACAAUAAAGCUCGAUGAAACGCUUAAACUGAUUCUACUUGCCACUUCUACGGACUCUACAUUAACUUCCUUUGCAUUAUUAUUGCUAAAAAUAUUGGCAUCCUCAGUCUUUUGGGCGUGGGUGCAGGUUACGUGUGUUUUUGUUCAACACCUUUAGGCACAGAGCAUGCAGUUCAAAUUGUAUCUUUAGCAGUAUUAGCUCUUUUAAAAGAUGAGAACAUUUGAAAGAACUGAAAGUCAGUAGUUUACUGUAGGCACGACAAGUGUUGUCACCUGCUAAAGCAGAUUGAGUCAGCGGAAUAUAUCAGAGCCAUUUCUCUGACAUUUCGGCCGCCUAUCUACUCUUACCAUAGCGUUGCUUAGUACACGGUGCUCCUAACAUUUUUCUGGUUGUUAUAUUUUCCUCCUGUUGACAUUUUUAAACGUGAAAUGUGAUACUUUCUGUGGCGUUAGUUUUCAACUCAUAUGGGAGUGGUCUCUGUUGCCGCCCCCAGAAUGAGACUGACUAGUAAGGAACGCGAGGCCCUACAGUAACUGCCGAAAAAAGUUACAUUUCAAAUUCCUGCUGAGUGCGGUUAAGUAGCUUACAGCGAAAUCUUUGAAUGUUUUUUCGUCGUGAAUGUUGCUUCCUGUAUAAAUUGUAAUUGUACUCCUCCAGUGACAGUUGAGCCUGGAAGCAUAUGACUUUUACGCCGGACACAUUUUUCUAUGUAUGCCAAUUGUUAAAGCUUUUGCUACCUUCAAAUACAACGCUCUUAAAGUCAUCAAAUAGAGAUCUUGUGACAAAUCUGUGCAAAUACAGAUGUAGUACAUGUUGAUGGUUUGCUCGAGUGAAUCACGUAGUAUUUUGAAGGUUUUUAUGGGUCUUGGGUUUGUAUUUUAUUUUGUUUUGCUUUUUUCCUUCCGCGCUGUUAGUCGGAUGAAGGGAAAAGAAAUUAGCCCUUCGCGGAAGUUUCCUGUCAGUGAAAGACGUUCAUUUUAGAAGGCGUUCUUGUAGCUGAAAUGAGUCUUAGGGAAAAGUAGAUAAUUAAAUUCACACAAUUGUGGUUCUUGUAGAAAUUGUUAAACGCUGUGUAGUGAGGCUCGAAAAGUCUCACCAAAGAAUCAAAGCAUCGAAGGAAUAUGAUUGUCAGACCAUUAGCAAAUAUGCAAUAACAAUUUUAGAUAGCCUUUUUCACUAUUCAUCCGUGCUUUUGUUUAGUUGUCUUUCAAAUGCGCCGAACAUUAUUUCUAACAAAAGAAACUUUGUAUUGGGAACUUUCAAUUAGCUGGCUGGCUUUUGUUCGCUUGGGGCAUGUUUGUGGUCUCCUUUCUAUUCGAGCCAUUCAUUCAGUGUAAAACAGGUUAAAAGUAUUAUUGUAUAGCUGUAAACACACUGCACAAUGCUUCACUUCAGUGCACGUCAUUCACUAUCAAACAACAUAAUAAGCAUUUUGUAUUCUUGAACAAAAUAGCUUUUUAGAUUAUUUGAGAUGCGAACGCUUUUGUGUCGGCUUAGCUUAAAUGUUGCGUCGUUAUUGAGACGUUGUAGUUGUCUGUUUUGCGUUUCUGAUAUGGUUUGCUGGGAUCCAGUGAUAUUCUUUGCGGGAGCCUCUAGGAGGAAACGCCGUCUUGGUAAGACGAGUUUAUUUUCGUACUUAUUUUGUCGAUGAUAGUGUAGCGAAUACUUCGGCCAUUAUCAUCCGAUUUUGAAAACAAGCCUCUCAGAUAUUCAAGUUUCAUGAAGUGUACGUUCUUACAAAGAAGAGUCCUUUAGGAGCAUCUUAUAAACACAGUUCGCUGGCCAUAACAUGAUGUCCGUCGCUAUGAUUGUUUCUGGGAUUCUCUUGGCAAGACUUGUCAAAUUUGAAACCCUCGAGCAGAUAAAUUGCUGUAUUAGGACUUCAAAAUCAAAUUCACAAAAUGUUGAUCUUUUGUAAGGAAAGAAUUGUAUCAGAGAAAGGGAAACUGCGCUCGAUGGAAUAAAAAUCAUGCCUGUUGGUAUGCUUGCUACGGUUAAGUUGCAGGGGAGAAUAGUUUUAACAUGCAAGUAAAGCGUUUAAAACGGAAAACAAUAAAACCGCGUGAACUCAUAAUAUUGUAGGUCGAAACUUCCCCAGUACCCCCUAGAGACUUCACGUUGGUCAGGUUAAUGAGGAUUUCAAGCGUUAAUUAUUCGCCAUACGUUAGUGUGGGCACCCCGCUUUAAUAGACCAGUUCCUCACGAAGAAGCAGGAGGCACGCAAUUUUUGUCUUUCUUUCAAACUUCUAACUCUUUUUUCACCUUUGGGUCGGAGAGGGCGAUAACUUUUUUUAUCAGAAAAUAUGACCACUGAUUUCUCAUGAAACGGUGCGGUUACACCCAAAGUUUUGUGGGCCACUCGCACAGAUAGGUCAUAUUUUAUAGGGUCUGAUAUGAGUCUCGCAUGAAGGGCCCUAGGGUGUUGUCAUGAUGACCAAAAUAGUGCGCGCUAAAAUCAAGGACUUCUUUGAAAAAGUAGUCUUUAAUACCAUAUUAAGCAAACUUUUACAUUUCAGCAGUAUUGUAAAACGUUCUGUCGAAAAGAGGGCAAGAUUCUUUAUAUACUUAAUUAAAAAGCCUCAGAUAACGACAUCUAAUUUAAAGCUCGAGUUUCAUUUUCUGAGCUGCAGUAUUUUCUGACUGUUUGAACAGAUGUCUGAAGAAAAUAAUUGUUUCUUUCUAUUUUUUCCCCUGGCUGUGAGGUCUUUAAAAUUCUGACCGCCUGACGUGGAUAAAGCGAAAGUAAUAUUUACGAUCGGGAAAUAGUCUACAACUUUGGAGAGGAAAUUGAAUCGUAUGUGUUUCUCAAACACGCCUUAGCGACUAGGAAUCGGGCCUUUUGCGUCAGCGAAUAAAAAUUUAUAAAGCUUCAUAUAACCCGAGGGAUCAAAACAAAGAAAUGGCAAUUCUGUAAAUUAAUCCGCUUAUCUUGUAAUAUUCCCUUGUCUUUUCUGAAUGCUUUUAAAAAGCAGCCUAAUUUCAUGUUUUGUAAAAUUUUCAGCAACCCAUGCAGUACUACAAACGAUAGAGAAACGAGUUUUCCUUGGUAGAAUCAAACGGUUUUAAAGGGAAAAAUCCAAAAAUCUCAUUUCUUUAUACUUAUCCUUUGUAAGCUCUGUCUUUAUAGAAACCUCUCUUCUGGGCGUUUUCGUGGAUUUCGAACCUUAAUUAAAUUUUCACCGUCUUGUGAAUAUUUUAUCGACAAUGUCAAUUUCAUUUUUUUAAAUUUUGAAAGCCACACGGAGUUCGAGUUUUGAUUUUUUUUCCAUCUAAUCAAGAACUGUCACCUAAGGUAAUUAACUCCUGCUAAUAAAGUGAACAGUCCUUUCUCACGAUGAAAAGGCACGAAAAACAACUUGAACAUAUCAAAAACUUGCCCGCGUUAAUCUAAUCACAUUUGUUGAGCCAGUUUAAUAAUUUUGAGAAGCCGCGUGGAAAUCUGCAAUAUUGUGUUAAGAUUUCAAUUAGCACCGCUAACAUCUUUUCAGUUUAAAGUCGGUUUAUAAGUAUCCUAAGUUAGUUUAGUUUUCUGCAAAGUUAAUUGAUAGCGGUCCUAUUUUUUGCUGUAAACUUCCGACGGUUGAGUGCUUUGAGCAAACGGCUUCUUUUCCGACAGCCUGGGAUUUUGAGCACUUGACUUAGUUUUCACUGGAUUCCAAAUUACUGCUUUUUAAAACUGCAUUUUCAUAAUGAAUCUUCAAUGUCAAGAUUCUAUUAUAGCCUUCAAAAUUAAACUUUGCUCUCGGCUUUUGUAAAUGUAUAAUAGUGUAAUUUACGUCUUAUUAGAAACUCUGUAUGAAAAUUUUUGCUCGAACAGAAGCAAAGUCAUGAUUUUUUUUCUUGCCUCAUAAAGAGAUACUGACUUUUCCCAAAAUUUUUUGGAGAACCACGAAACACCUUUUGGCCACUAUGAAGUGAUUUUUGUGAACUUUCAGUCUUGCCGAACGCAACUGAAUAUCAAUUUUUUUUUUCAUCGACUAGUGAUUUAGUUUGAGAAACAAAGUCUUGUAAAUUCAAUACAAUUUCUCACUGCUAUAUCACAGUUUACCACGCGUGGAACAAGCACCCGUAUGAAGACCCUGAGUCCUGCGCACGUGGACAUUAAAAUAAAAAACGGGUUCUCUAUUGUGGUGGCGCCACCCAGGUGUUGUGAACAGUGAUGAGACGGUUUUUGUAUUUUUCUCACGCGCUGUAAUCUCUGAAUAGCUUGUUUAUCGUGCUUUCUUUGAAAUAAAUCAAGCGAGUUGGCUCUGCCAUUCGCGCUAACGGGUAUCAUGUUAUUAUUUGUCGCUGUUCAUUGUAAGGUUUUAGAGUAUCUUGCAGUGUUCAUUCUCUUCCUUACAACGACAUAUUCAAGGCCGUUUUUACCUCGAGGAUGAGUUGAGUCUAAGCUGUAUCGUCGCAGGUCGCUGAAACAACCGCCCGCCUUUGGCGCGCACAACACGUGGUGUCUAGCGGCAAAACGUGUCGAGUAAGUCUUCCCAUUUUAGUAAUGUAAGCGAUUUGAUUUUUAUCAACUUCGCGUUGUUCUGCGCGUACAAUUUUGGUGUAAUACUAUUUUGGCAUGAAGUGAGUUUCUUUUCAUAACUCGCUAAUUUCUUUCUCAGAAUAAUGGGUGGCUUGUUACUCACUUCGCGCCAUUGCGCGGCUUGGUUGAAACCGAUCAUAUCUCGCGCGCCAAACGUGAUUACAUCAACCGCGUUUUAACGCAAAAACUGAUAUUUAAGUUAGAUCAUAUGCUUGGUUUUGGCGGUUUGUCGCUGCGUGUGUGGUCAAGUAAAAUUAGUUAACAUUAGAAUGAAAGUCAAUCCUUGCAACCUCUGCACGUCGUUAACACAUGGCCAAAAGCUGACAUCGGCCCUUAACAAGCCGCAAUUAAUCUUUGAUAAAACGAGUCUUUCGAUAUGCACUGUAAAUGUAGAGAUUUUCACGAGUGAUUUAUUUUCCUCGAAUCCUACGCACUUGUAUAAACAUGCUGGCUAUUUUUCAUGACUACUCGUUUCGAUAAUUAUUUUUGAAGACCACACCAUUUUUUUUCGAACUGCUUGUAGAUGACAAUUUGCAUGAUGAUAUUCCAUAAAUUUCGCCAGUAGAGAAAAUUGCUCAUUAAAAUCCUAAUUUCGCAUUAAGUUUAUUACGAGUGAACUGUCGAUCAUCCUCGCUUUCGAUUAUUUGCUAAGCUGAAAUAUUUUUUUUCUCGUUUCAUUAGUCUUGUUAGAGUUUCGGAGCUUUUAUUAUGCAUUUUUCAAUAUUCAUGGCAAUAUUUUGUAUAGGUGUAAUUGUGAGAAAACAAGUUUGGAGCGUACGCAAGCUCUAUCGAAUUUGUCUCUCCGCAAUUACAUAGCCAUAAUUAGCGAACUAAUAACCUCGAAAUUCUCUUAGAAACCAGCUAAAAGCAUGUAUUUUAUUGCCGACGAUAAAAUGAUUUUUAAUUUUUUGUCAGAGCUGUAUGAUGCAUUAAACUUAUAAUGUCGGCAAAUUCAACUGAUGGCCGAAUAUUUUCAUUUAUUUUUUCAAUCAUUUUGAUUUCUUUUUGUGGUAAAGUCUAUCAACAAAGAACAAUUUUGAAGCAAAUAUCCGACUCUAGAAUAUUAAUCACGGAUGUUUUGCAUUUGAAAUGACACUACAUCAUCGUGUUGCGACUGAUCUUCUCAUCUCGUUGUUAAUACACAUAUUUUCUGCGUCCUUGUUCGCUCAAUGCCUAAGAAACUAUCGAAUACUCAACGGAAUAAACCUUAAUUAGUGGACAAAGUCUCGAGUUUUGCGUCUUCUAACGACAAUUAAAAUUUGCUCUUAUUUUUCAAGCAAUGCCUGGUUCGUUUGACAUGCGUGAUCGCUUUUGUUCUUGUUAUAAAAUACGCUUUACUUAAGACAAACUUCUUUUCCCGUUUGUUGAUCGGUUCUAUUCUUUUUUCAUUUUGCACUUUCAAGUACUGGUCAGGUUCGCGCGCGCGGCAUGUUGGCGCUAGUUUGUAAACGUUUACUCAGAUGUGGGACCAAAGCUGCGAGUUGUUUCCACACCUUGCUCAGUAUGAAACCAUUAGGAAAUUUUAUUUAAUUUCCGAUUAGAUCUUUUCCUUUCUCCUCCAAGUAAAGUUGAUUUGUUGUAAGAGACCUCGGGCGUAACAUUUCUUAGUUCAAUAUAUCUUGCUCUUAAGCAAACCGUUAGAGUGCAAGAUCUUUGGAGAUUAUAUUGUGGUGUUACAAAUAUAUUUUCUUAUGCCAGAGUCAUGAAAUUAGCAUAAUGUUAUGUUCAACGAGAAAAUGUCUUGUUAUUAACUUCUUUUCGGAAAAUAUUGCCACCAGAAAUUGUCGUCACCAACUCGAAUCUUUUUUCUCAAAAGACAAUGUAUUUGAGUCUCUUCUAAGUGUUCAUGAUGACCACUAUCCCAUUUAGGGAUGGAAAAAUUUAUUUUUGAAUCUUCUGUUCCCACUGUAAUAUAUUCUCUGGGGAACCUUUCUUAUCUUCCUUCGCUUUGACUGAAGUUGAAUAGCUCUUGGCAGAGAGAAUCAAUUUCGCUUUUGUAUUUUAAAAAGACCUUGAUCCCUCCUAUUGAUUUAUAUUCACUUUUUUGAUUCCCUGAAGACGUAUUCGAGCGAUAAAUUGAAUGCUGGAUUUUUUAUGUCUUGACCUUGUUAAAUUGGCUCAUAUGAAAUGUUACGCAUGCAUCGUAGCGUGGUUAUGGCCUAACUUGACCAAUUUCGCCCACGGCUGUUUCCUUAUGUCGUAGGUAAAUCAUGAUCUUUUCAUAAGCAAUGCGAUAACACUACCUACAAACUUACAAUGCGUUUUUGUAUGCUGUUAUCGCUGGUGUGUAUUUUUUUUUUAGAUAAAACAACGUUUCAGAAUACCAUGGGUACAGUUCCAUGAAAUAUAAACAGUUUUAAACUUUCAACAACGCUAACAUCUUCACUUAUCUUUUGCAUAGAAUAUCAUGUUUAAGCAGUGGCUUUCUCAAGCAGAUAGCGUUUUGUCUCUUUAUAAUACAAAGCUAUUCUUUUGAAGAUAUUUUGAGUUGAUUAUCACAAAAACCUAGUGUUAAGUCGGAUGCGUAGUCAGACUGGCUAUGUUUUCUGUUUCGGACGAUUUUCAGAAGAUGUGUACUUGUCUUUCGGUAAUCUUUAUAUAAUUUGGCUGUAUUCAGUCUCAAAAUCACUUUGAAUAUAUAUUUUUUUCAAUACAGGCGGACAUCCGCUCGUUGUCCGUUGCAGUUAAGAAGCGAAGCAGGAAAAAAAGAUUUUUACCGCGGAUCAUCUGGGGAAAUUAUUCCAGUUUUUCGCUGUCAAACAGUAUCCUCUCUACAUCGACUUUCUCGACUUUCCAAUUAAAUCAGCUUUGCGUUAAAACUUGAGUAAAAUUAAAGGUACGGCAUCUUUCGAUUUUUUAAAUAAUCACAGUCUUUGUUUUGUUUAUCGUGUUUUAGUUAGCUUUUUUUUUCGCUAGUACCUUUACGUUUUGAAGAUUCCAUGGUGCGAAAAUUCGCUAAAAUUCGCGUUAACUUCCUUGCGUUUAAUGCCUCAAUUACCUUAGUUUUGUAUGUUUAGACAGAGGCCUUUGUACAGUUCAGUUGUAAUAAUUGGUUUACAAUGACUCACCAUCUUUCAACUUUCAAGGAGUCUUUACUUAAGAUUAAUUGAAAACCUCAGUUCCUUCGUGCAACUUCUCUCUGCGUAUUUUAGCCAUUUCAGAAAUUAAAAUGUCUCAAGUUUUGCCGUUCUUCCAUUAGCACAUUCUGCGUUUUGUUAGCGCUGCAACUUUUGAUUACAUGUUUUAAGCUUUGUCCGCUAAGAAAGGUAGAUUUAGAUAUAUUUUUCAUUUUACCUCCCCUUAAGACACACGCUCUGUGCUCCAUACAGAAUCACAGCUUUAAUUAUUAUUUUUGGGUUUGAUACAUGCCUUUUAGAACUGCAAAUAUUUCAGGGUUCGAGUUUCACGAAUAUGUAAAAUUUCUCUUUAUUGUGAUUGUUGAUUUUGCAUCUUGAUUAACAAGUGAUUUCUUGUUAUCUCCGAUGCGUACUUUAAGGGGCUUAAACCCUUUUUUUAUUGCUUGUAACGUUUCUCUUUGGAUUCAUUAAGGAUAAUCCAAAGCAAAACUUAUUCUCAAGCACUACUAACAGCAAUACUGUGCGUUUCAAAACUCUUAGUAUCCGUCUUUAUUUUAUGUGUUUAUCUCCGGAGUUUUCGCUUCGUUUUAAAUCCGCUCAGUUCGAGGUCUUUCACUCGUGUAAAACGUUUAUUUAACAAAGAUUUUUUAAAUGAAUUGGAACAUUUUCUAUUUCCUCGCCUUAUUUCUAAAACCAUAGGCUAGGCUACAUUUAAACAACGCACAAAUCAAAAACUCAAAAAACUAAUUUUUGUUUCGUAGCUGCUCGCUGUCGAGCGUUUGCAGCUGUUUCAAUGUUUAGAUAAUACGAAAUGUUGUCCCUUACUAUCUUAUCCCUGUUUACACAAGCCCGUGGAAAACUUUCACUAGCUUAUCCCCGCAUUGAAAAUUUUAAACGUGAUUUUUAUUGUAAAAAGAAUUGUUUUUAGCUUAAAGCGAUUUUUACCUGCAAGGAGCCAUAGUCCUUGAUCUCUCUCAACAACCGUUACACCAGUUCAAUUCAAUUUCUAUCCGUUAUGUAUUUUUGAGCAUUUUUGGUAAAAUUAUUUAUAAGGGUAUAUAUACUUUAGGUAGUGAGGUGAUUUCUAAAUUUUGAGAAAGUGGGCCAACGUUAUGUUAAAUUAAUCUUUCUUGUGGAAAGAUUUCGAUGUUUUGCUUUCCUUCUGUAUUCUCUUUAUCCCCCAAGGCGGUCCCAAGAAACCAAAACAAGUUCUUAAUGAUGAAUUUUUGCUUUCAAAUCCAGCCCGAACGCACGAAAAUAAAAACUAGAUUGGAUGAAACUAUCCACUGUCUAAGCUAUUUUGCUUUGUUGGAAGGGCUUUCCUCUGUCGGUUACAGAGCCCAAUCGUUAAAAGGUACUGUUCAGUAGUACAUGUAGUUUUCAUUAUUGAAGUACCUACCCUUAUAAAAUUUCCAUUUGUGUCAAAACAUCCUCCAGUUAAAAUUUUUUAGGACGAAACAUCUUACCGUUUUCAGAGAAAUCUGCGAGGAUCAGCAGUGAAAUGACAGUCUCUUUUACCCUUGCAGGGUUUAAUUUGCUAAUGCAUAGUUUACUUGGUGAUGUUUAUCGCUUCAGCAGUUGUAUUGCCGUUCUAGGAUGCUAGCUGUUGAAAAGAACACAAAAGAAGAGGUGUUUUCUUUUUCGCGUAUAAAAAGGGCAAAUUUGGAAUAGAAGGAAAUAAAUGCGUUAUCUUUACUUGACAAUAGUAUAGCCCCGUCCUUUCAAAUUACUGCUUUUCACUGUCUUUUCUUGUUGAUUUAUUGCACAAAUGAUUUCAAUUAAUCUGUCCCCGCAAGGUCGACCUUCUGAAUAAUUUUACACCGCAGAAUUGUAACUUUUGGCUCUGAAAGUGGAAAAUUACUUUUAUAUUCAAUUCUUUUUAGACGUCAAAGUAAUUGUUCAGGUCAAUGCUUAUGAUUCUGCUUAUUUUCUCGUUGGUGAAGCCCAGAGAUUUGAGCUUGCGACCAAACAGAUCAGAUAGUACUGCGAAUCUUGAAGGGUCAUUUAGUUCUGCUGUCCGCAAAAUGUUUUGAUUUAUGGAUCGUUACCGUGGUUUUUGACGUGAAAUGAUCCAAAUUUUGUGGGAUUUAAACUACAUUUUAAUAGUCUGUUAUUCGUUAAGCGGACUCCAACCUCGCAAAAGAGCUCGCUGUGUCACAAAUCACCAUCAUCAAAUUCUGAGUGCAGAGCAAGAUGUCGGGCUUCGUUGAGUGCGAAAAUAAUGGAACCUCGCGGACACGGUCAUAUCUCAAAGAAUUUGAAAUUGGCCACUAUAUUUUAGUAAAUUGAACAUGAAAAACUGCCCUGGCGUUAAUUAAGUCUGCGGUGUAGUUGUAUUUGAACAAUCUGUGGUCCCUAUCGCUAACGUUGGUCUCCGCGGACCAAAAAAUCUUUCAACGCUAAUCAAUUAUUCAUUUUGAAGGUUUAGUCAAGUAGGCGGGACGGCAAAAUCUAAUUUAAAACUUCUGAUGACAGGGGGAUAAAUUGCUGGUGAUCUUAUCUAAAUUUGCUUUUGUUUUCUAGCCGUAGGGGACCUUUUUUUCGUCUGGGGUGGUAUGCGCUUUUUCAAUUGACAAUUUGAUAAUGAACUGCUAAAGUUGCUCGCUCGCUGGCUGUCAUUCACUCUGAGUACGCCGUAUUUCCGAUCAAGUUUCGUAAACAUUCAGCAAAGUUUAAAAAAAAGGGAACGAGAAACACAGUUUUUACUUUUCUUCACGUACUCGAGUAUCCAGCCCAACGAAGCUAUACUUUCUUCGAUUAAACAUAUUUGCGUUUGAGCAACACAAGAUGGUCGCAAAGAGUUUUCAAUCAGAGUCUGCCUUGUUGGAAACUGUUUGCGCGCUCGUGGAAGUUUGAAGAGAAGAAACUGUGUUUUGUAAUUAGUUUACAUAACAUCGAUGCUAAUUACUAUCUUGGCAGCACGUGUAGAAGUUCCAAUGACCCGAAUCUAAUUUCUUUCUCUUGUGCACUGACCACACACAACGUUAGUCUGAUUUUGCUUUCUCCUCUCCCUCCAGGUCCUUCGUUUGAGUGAGAUAGUGUCGCUCGAUGUGAGGCGGUUUUUGUGCCUUCUACACAAGAAUUUCACGCCAACGUGAGUCACCACGAUCAAGUAAACAUUACAUAUAUCGGAAAGUUACAUUUCCCUGAGAUUAAUUUCGGGCAGAUUAAAAAUGUUUCUUUGUCACUUGUGUGACAUUUAGGGACGUGAUAGCGAACGGACAUUGAAAAUACGUCAUGUUCUAUUUUAUGAACCGCUCUGCGAAAUAAACCGCAGUGGCGAUGGGUUGUAUAAAUUUUCGCUCAAAGCAUGUUUAGAAAUUGUGGUAGGCUACUAAAGAAAAAAGUAUAUAUUUUUGUUACUCUUCCAGGCAGAACAUGUUAUUUUUGUUUAAGCCUUUGGUAUUUACAUAUGACAUUAACACCUUGCCAGCAUCAGAAAUUUUUCUAUUGCAUUCAAUAAAAAAAUACAUAUUUGCUUUG